AUGGCGCAGGUGAGUGUAGCUCACUCAGGGCGAUGCGUCGACCAAGUUCCGAGCAGCUGCAUUCAAGUCUGACGAGAUCCGCUUGCUCCAUUCUCAGCCACUUGUACUUCGACCAACCUUGGAGGAAGUGUCCCGGCUGCUGCUGGACACCGCUCAGUCUACUGCGUCGUCAGGAGGAGCAGUGCCCUCGACCUCUGCACCGACAGCCGACCAUGCUGCCGGUGCUGCGCAGGGUAAUAUCGUGCCGGUCUAUGCAUCACUGCCAGCAGACCUGCUCACUCCCGUGAUGGCCUACCUCAGACUGUCUGGAGGAUCCGAUACCAGGCGAAGGAGCUUCUUGUGCGAGAGCGUCACCAAUGGCGAGAAGAUUGGCAGAUGGAGUUUCGUGGGGGCGGGUGAGUGAGCUGGCCAGGCGAGAAUUGGUUGCUUCAAGUGGGCGUGAGACGGACGCGCGACUCACAAGACCUUGCGGUGCGUUGCGUCUGCCACAGAUCCCUACAAAGUCGUAAGAACGGGUGCAAACACCGCCAACCCCGGGGAUCCUCUUGCGGUGCUUGAGAAGGAGCUUUCGCCCUUCCGCUACAUCUCUUUGCCCAAUCUACCUCGCUUCACAGGAGGUGCCAUGGGCUACAUAUCCUACGACGCCAUCGCCCACUUCGAGCCUCGCACUGCCAGACCUAUGAAGGAUGUUUUGGGCGUGCCAGAAGCCAUCUUUAUGCUUUGCAACGACCUCAUCGCCUUUGAUCACACCUUUCAAAGCUUAAAAGUCAUCUCUCACGUCCAUCUACCGGAUGACCAUGCCAGUCGGGCUGACAAGUCAACAGCAAGUGCAGAGGUGCAGAGGCUCUAUGCGCGAGCUGCUUUGCAGGUACAAGCGCUGGUCGAGAGGCUAUUGGACCCAGUUACUCCGUUGCCGAAGCAGCGGUUGGUCCGACCUGGAACCGAAGCAGUGUCUAAUGUAGGCAGAGAGGGCUACGUUCGCUUUGUGAGGGAGCUAAGGAAGCACAUCAUAGCUGGCGACAUCAUCCAAGCUGUACCUUCUCAGCGACUGAGCAGGAGGACGGACGUGCAUCCUUUCAACGUCUAUAGACAUCUAAGGAGCGUCAACCCAAGCCCGUACAUGUUCUACUUGGAUGUGGGAGACGCGAGGCUGGUCGGUGCGAGUCCGGAAACGCUGUGCAAAGUUGAGCAGGGAAGAGUGGCUGUCCAUGCCAUUGCUGGUACAGUGAAACGCGGCGCGAGCGAAGAAGGUAGGCUCAUCGGAAUCUUGCUUGCGAGCAUUGCGGUGAAUACAUACUGAUGAUCUGUGAUCACUCGCAGAGGAUAAGAGGCUGGCCGAAGAGCUGCUGGCGUCUGCUAAAGAUCAAGCGGAGCACGUCAUGCUGGUCGACUUGGCACGCAACGAUGUUUCAAGGGUUUGCGAUCCUCAUACCACUACUGUAGAAAGCUUUAUGAGGGUGGAAAAGUUUAGUCACGUCAUGCAUUUGACGAGCCGGAUCACUGGCUUCUUGCGACAGGGCAAAAGCAGGUGCGUGCUGUGCUGCUCGUCGGUCUUUGGCUGAAAGCGCAGUGUCUGAUCUCCGCCCUUUGGUGCUGUCAGAUUCGACGCCUUGCGCUCCAUCUUUCCGGCGGGCACCGUGUCGGGUGCGCCAAAGAUCAGAGCGAUCGAAUUGGUCAGCGAAUUGGAAGGCGAACGCAGAGGCGUCUACGCUGGUGCUGUGGGUCAUAUCGACUACUCCGACGACAUGGACGUUUGCAUUGCCAUUCGUACCAUGUGCUUCUUGCCCCAGGAGGGGCAGGAUGAGACGGAAAGCGGAAGUCACACCGCCUAUCUGCAAGCAGGUGAGUGA